AGAGACGCAGACGCGCAAAGGAGCAAGAGGGAGAGAGAGAGAGAGAGAGAGACAGACAGUGAGAGAGAGACCUAGACACAGACGUAGAGAGAGAGAGAGAGAGAGAGAGAGAGAGAGAGGGAGGAUGGUUGGGAGGAUUUAGCCCCGGCAGCGUCUUUUCCCGUCCAACACAACAAGCUUAUUACCUUUCUCUCCACGCGCUUUUGGAAACGGAUUUACGCGCACGAACGGAGGAGUUUGGAGGACUAGUAGGAUGCUGAGUAUCUUUCCUCCUCGCAACUGUUCUCCACCCUGCUCUCCAUGACCUGAGAGCGCCACCACAGCGGGAGGAACGAAACACCAGAGAGAGAGAGGAAGAGGAGGGCAGAAGGCCAGGGAAGGAAGGAAGGAAGGAACACACUUUUUUUGUUGUUGUUGAUUGUUUUCCCUUUCCGUAAUGGCGGCGACGGAGGCCAACGCGGCGCCGGUGGUCCAGGAAGAUGGGAAAACCCCCGAGAGCAAGCCGACGGAGGCGGAGCAACCGGCUAACAACGCAAACUCAGAGACUGUCAACAGCGAAGUUGUCGAUAAAGAUGGCACUGCUGUCAACAGCGAGGUUGUCGAUAAUAUAGAGACUGUGAAUAACGAUACAGCGGCGGCGGCAGCAGGAGAUGAGGAGGGAGAAGCAGCGGCGAGCGGGGAGGAGGUACCUCCUCAGAGCUCGGAAAACGCUUCCUCCACUGAGCACAAGACCUCGUUCUUGGACUCCUUCCUCAACAAGAGCGGGCUGGGGAAGGUGAUGGGAGGAAGGAAGAAGAAGGAGCAGAGCACGGCCGCCGGAGGAGAGGAGGCCGCAGCUGAAGGAGGGGAGAAAGAGGGAGAGAAGGGAGGUGAGGAGGCCGCAGCAGCUGAGGGAGGAGCAGAGGGAGGUGCAGAAGGAGAAGCAGCGAUAGAGAAAGCUCCAGAAAAUGGGGAGAAGGAGGAGGAGAAGAAGGAGAAGGGCAAACCGGCGGAGGCUAAAUCCACAGUUCGAGAUCUGAUCAGGAAGCCGGUGGCGAGGAUCUUCUCCCAUCGCAGCACCGAGAAGAAAGACGGCGCCGCCGCAGAACCCCAGAAACAAGUAAAGGUUCGGUCCAUGUCCCUGGACCGGCUGGAAGAUCCCGAAGCACUUAACACCACCGCAGACUCCACCGUGGAGGAGGGAGGAGCAGCAGGAGGCGCAGAGGGAAGUGCAGAGGAAGAACAAAAAGCCUCGUCCUCUUCGGCAGCCACCAAGCACAUGAAGCGCUGGCACUCCUUCAAGAAGCUCAUGGCUCAGAAGGCGCACAAGAAGAGCGUAGGCGGAGAGGAUGGCAAGGAGGAAGGAACGGACGGAGAAGGAGGCGGCGGAGACUCCUCCACGCUGGACUCAAAGGAGUCGGGGCAGAAGAGGUGGAAGCUGAAACGCUCCUGGACCUUCCAGGGCCUGAAGAGGGACCCAUCCAUGGUCGGCAUCAGCGGCAAGGCCAAGGGCUCCGACAAAGACUCUGCCGACAACGCCAAGCCAGAGGAGGCGGCGGCGGAAGGAGCCGAGGGAGAAGAGGAGGCGAAGGCGGAGGGCGGAGCAGAGGAGGCGAAGACGGAGGGCGGGGAGGAGAAGGCUGAGGGAGGGGAGGAGGAGAAGGAAGAGAAGGCGGCGACGGCGGGAGGCGGGACGGUGACGCAACAUGCCAACGAGAUCUGGACCUCCUUCAAGAAGCGCGUCAUCCCCAAGUCCAAACGCGCCAACACAGAGUGCGCCGCCGGCGGGGAGGAGGACGCGUCCGCAGCCGCCACCUCAGGUGAGGAGGGAGCAGCGGAGGAGGGCAAGUCCGUCAAGGCCAAGCGCUCGCACUUCGGCCGCGCCGUGUCCCUGAAGAACUUCAUCAUGCGGAAGGGCAAGUCCACCAGCGUGGACCUCGGCGAGGGCGCCAAGGAGGAGGAGGUCACGGAGGGAGCAGAGGCGGUGGAAGAAGGAGGCGCCGACGGUGAAGCUGCCACGGCGGCCGAGGAGACCAACGAUAAAGACGCAGCGGCUGAGAAGACGGAGGCGGUGGAGAGCGGAGGGGAGGCGGUGAAGGAGGCGGUGAAGGAGGUGGCGAAGGAGGCAGAGAAGGAGGCGGAGAAGACACCGGCCGACGCUCCGGUGACCAACGGGGAGAACGGCUGCUCCAACGGCACGGCGGAGGAGCACGCCACACACAAUCACCAGGAGGAGGAGAAGACGACGGGGGACAGCCCCGUGAAGAAGACCAAGGAGGCGGGAGCGAAAGAGGAGGCCAACGCCAAGAUCAUCAACGCCACGGCAGCUGUGAACAGCGACAAAAAGGCGGGAAACGUGUGAGGCCACACAAAGAGGAUUAGAACUGCCCGGGAUUCGCUGAGCAAGGAGCUCUGAGCCCUCCCUAACUCCUCCUUCCUCCUCCCUAUCCUCCCUUCCUCCUCCUCUCUCCCUUCAUCCCUCCUCCUUUCCUCCCUCCCCCCCUUUGAGAGUAAUUAACAGAUCACCAUGGUGAGAAAGAGAGAGAGCGAGAGAGCGAAAGAAUGAGAAAGAUGCAAUUCAUGUAGAUGAGAAGUGAAAAAUAAUAAUCACUCAGAAAGCAAUAAUUCAAGCCCUUCUUUUUCCAUCCAUCAAUCAAUCAAUCAAUCAAUCCCUCCACCCCCCCCACCCCUCUGUCCGAUGCAUACAAACAAAAAAAACCAUCCAGUGUUUUUAUUUUGUUCCUUUGCUUGUCUGUGAGAUUUUAUAUUGUCUACGAGAGAAAAGAAAAACGGAGAAAUGUAAAAAAAAAAUAAAAAAAAUAAAGAAAUGGAGACAUCCCACCUCCACCGUCCUGUUUUCCUCCUCGUCGAGCUACUUUAACUCCGCUCUCUGCCGACUCCUGAUUGGUGGAUUUAAAAGAACAUAAAAAAAAAGAAAAAAAAAGACUGUUAGUUUUAUAUCGACGGCCAUUUUGUUUUGUAGUCCCCUCCACCCUCCUCCACCUUCAACACCCCCUCCUGUCGCCCCCCCCCCUCCCCAUCCGCCCCCCCCAGUAGAUAUUUGACAGUACAGCAGGACCAUGUUGCUACCGUAUAUAAACUGCCCUGAGGACUGCCACUUCCCAACCAACACUGCAAUGUCUUCAGCUCUGUGUGUUUAAUGUUUUUAGACUGUUAUAUUGUGUACAUGAAUUUAAAAAAACUACAAAAAAAAAAAAACAAACAAACAAAAAACACCAUCGAAAAUAUUAAAGUCAAAAUGUUUUCUUUUUUCUUUUAUCCUGUUUUUUUGGUUUGGAUUUUAUUUCUUGUUUUGUUUUCUAAAAACACAUCUUCUCACUGUUACCGCAGUCUGACGAUAUGCUGUAAUUAAAAAAUAAUAAUAAUAAUAAUGAUGAUGAUGAUGAUGAUGAUGAUGUUUUGUUGGUCCAAGUUUUCACAUGUCCGCUAGCAAAUUGUCAAGAAAAAAAAAUAGUACAAUAAAGACUAAAAUCUAACAACUAAA